CCAAUUUCGAGAAGAUCAGGCUUGACGGAUUGUUUGCGAGACAAACAUGAAGAUCUCCCUAGUGUUUUUGGUGGGUUUUUGCACAGCUGUGCUCUCGAAUCCAGUUGCUGAUACGAAUUACCUUAAAAGGGAGCAACAAAUACUGAAACUUCUGUAUCAUGUGAAUCAACCAAGUACUUAUCCAGAACACGUGGAGAUCGGAAAAUCGUGUAUGUUCUGUGAAAAAGGAUCUUUAUAUGAUAAGUACGAGAAACGUGAAGUGGUCGACAAUUGGGUACAAUUUUGGAGAUUUGGGCUACUCCCCAGGGGCGAAGUAUUUUCAGUAUUUUAUGAGGAGCACCUGCGCCAAGCUAUUGCUCUUUUUAAACUCUUCUACUACGCCAAAACUUACGACGAAUUCCACAGAGUCGCAACUUGGGCACGCCAGAAUGUUAACGAAGGAAUGUUUGUCUACGCAUUUUCCGUAGCUAUCAUCCACAGACCCGACUGUCGCAGACUUAUGCUUCCUCCAAUUUAUGAAAUCAAGCCCCACUAUUUCUUCAACAAAGAAGUAAUCAACAAAGCCUACUACUACAAGCAAGUACAUAAUUCUCGAGACGUACACCAAAACCCUGGAAGUUUUCCAGGAUACACCAUUCAGACAAACUACACCCAUGACCACAUGAAUUUGGGACAUGAACAGUCGUUGUCUUACUUCUUGGAAGAUAUUGAUAUGAAUUCUCUAUACUAUUAUUACAAUCUUUACUAUCCAUUCUGGAUGAGCAGUGAAGAGUUCGGAUGGAAAGAUUCGAAUCGUGGAUAUCUUUACUAUUUUGCUCACCAGCAACUGCUAGCGAGGUACUAUUUGGAACGUAUGGCUAAUGGUGCCGGAGAUAUUCACACACUAGAUGUAGAUUCACCCAUUCAGACACCCUAUAAUCCGUCCAUGGUUUAUCCUUGUGGAGCAGAAUUUCCGAGUAGACCCAAAUUCGCCAAAUUGCAUGAAUAUUUCUUCAACUAUGGCAAAAAGUGGAGCUGGAGCAGAUUUGGAACCAAUAGCUUCGAUUUCAUGGCUGACUAUGACAGGCGUAUGAACGAUGCCAUCGACCAAGGAUUUGUUUUUGAUACCAAAGGCAACAAAAUCGAACUGGACACUCCCGAAGGCUUUAACGUUCUUGGAAACCUCAUCCAAAGCAACUGGGACAGCCCUAACCGCAAAUUUUACGGAGCAUUAUGGAGUUAUCUUCGCCAUUUCUUCGGUUAUUCUUAUGCGCCAGUGAAUAACUACCGGGAGGUUCCUUCAGCUCUGGAGCACUAUGAAACAUGCAUGCGAGAUCCUAUGUUCUUCCAAAUAGCGAAGAAAAUGAUUAUGAAAUUCCAGAGGUACCUUUCCGAUCUACCACCGUAUACCGAAGAAGAGUUGCUGUUCCCAGGAGUUUCAGUUGAAGGUUUGGAAUUCGAUCCGCUUAUCACAUAUAACGACUGGUCCUAUUCUGACCUGACCAACGGCGUGUUCUAUAACAACCAGGAAGACGCCAAAACUUUCGACAUCAGAGUGCGACAGUAUCGCUUGAACCACAAACCGUUCACCUACAAGAUCAAAGUCACCUCGGACAAAGCCCAAAAAGCAGUUGUGAAAGUUUUCAUGGGACCUGCAUACGACAAAAACGGUGAAACUAUGUUUUUGAAUGAGAACCGAUUGAACUUUUUGAUAUUGGAGCAUUUCGUACACGAUCUCAAGGCUGGAGAAAACGUUAUCACUCGCAGUUCCCACGAAAUGAGAUUCUACGCUCCUGACAAAAUGUCCUUCAGAGAUAUGUACAAGAGAGUGAAAGCUGCUCUUGAAGGAGAUGGGGAAUUCAAAAUUGACGAAAGGCAGAACUACUUCCAUUGGCCACAAAGAUUUAUGCUACCAAGAGGUUCUUCAGCUGGUACACCAUACAGAUUCUUCGUUAUCGUUUAUCCAUACGAGCCUUACCAUGAAGGAAAAUACGAGACUGAUGGAAUUCCUGCUCCUGGUAGUGGUGGCGUUUUCAUCGACAAUCGAACCGCUGGUUUUCCAUUCGACAGAGUGAUUCGGUUUGAGAAGAUGUGGUACCCACUUGCCAACGGACAAUUCCAGGAAGCCAAAGUAUACUUCAAAGACAUCUACGAUAUUAAUGCUCCUCAUCAUUAGACUGGAAAUUGACCGAUACUUUUCGAUAUGCCGGAUUAUGAAAUAUGUGAAUAUUGUGAAAUGAAUUAAAUAUGUAUUGAAUGAAUUAAUGAAU